GAGACCUUCUCACCAAACAGUGCAUAAACCCCUUCAUUGUGUGGAUUUCAUCAACGUAGCCUACGUUGUUAUUAACCGGUGAAGUAAGUAACCGGUGAAGUAAGUAAUCUUGCCGCCUUUAUGAAGGUGAAUCAUGCAUAGGUCUACAGUUCAUCGCUAUGGGUGUCUAGUUGCUGCAACUUCGUGAGCAGUGCCGCACGGACUUUCUACUUUCCUGCACGUGUAAAUGUGUCUACUCAGAGCGGUGUUCGUCCACCAUGGUUGGGACUUUCCCGCUGCUGUCAGUGCAGCCAACUCGGGGGCUCGUGGAUGAGAAGAUCCAGGUAGUUGUGAGGAAUUUACCUUCAGCGCUCUCAGUGACACUACAUUCCCUUCAUCGCUCUGAGGAUAAGGACCUUUGGGAGGCGUUCGGCCAUUACACCAGCGACGGCCAAGGCACGGUGACAGUUGCUAAGGAUGCCAGUCUUGGAGGAACAUAUGAAGGAGCAGAGCCCAUGGGUCUACUGUGGAGCAUGCAGCCUGUUCCAGGUAGUCGGACAGGCCUCAGGUUGAGAAAGAUGGAUGUCCUCACUCCUAUGGUGGUACACAUCUCUGUGUACAGUGGGCACAUGACUGAGGGCUUCAGCAAGCAGUCUCCCGUAGCGACCGUUGUCACAGAACGAUGGUACAUGGCACCGGGUGUGUGCAGAAUUGACAUCAGGGAACAUGGAGUCCGAGGGGCCCUCUUUUUACCCCCAGGUCCCGGACCCUUCCCUGGGGUGUUGGAUAUGUGGGGAGGGGGUGGGGGGCUAGUGGAGUACCGCUCCGGCCUCCUGGCGUCACACGGUUUUGUUUCCAUGGCGCUAGAGUACCUUUCCCAUGACAAGAACAGAACCUCAGACAUCGAUUCAAAAACCUACUUUGAGAAAGCAUUCAGGAUUGUGCAGGAGCACCCUCUGGUGAUGAAGGACAGAGUUGCUCUGUUUGGUCUCUCCUUUGGCACGUCAGUCGCCCUCAACUUGGCAGCCUACUCCAAAGACAUCAGCCCCAGAUGCUGUGUGUGUAUCAGUGGGAGUCACGUCAACCCGAUCAACAAGGCUUUUGGCAAAGUGUUUAGAAAGAUGAACGAGCACGGGUACAAGACCCGAUUUGAUGAAGAGGGCCAUGUGGUCUGGAGAGACAUCAUUCUGCCCAUCCCAACAGACCUUGGAGAGAAAGUGGAUAUGGGGAGGAUAAAGUGUCCAUUGAUGUUGGUCGUCGGGGAGGAUGAUCAGAACUGGGCCACAGUGGAGUCUGCCAAGGACAUGAUCCAGAUGAUGCGUGCAGCGGGUAACGAGCACCUACUGACCAUUCUACAAUACCCUGAUGCUGGACACCUCAUUGAGCCACCCUACACACCCCACUUCAGAGCCAGCAACUUCAUAGUGCCUCAAACACGACAGAAAGUGAUCAUGUUGUGGGGAGGGUACACUAAGCCGCAUGCCAAUGCUCAGGAAGACUGUUGGGAAAAUAGCCUUAUCUUCCUACGGCAACACCUCUACCCCAGCCCUGACUCUGUCCCAAAGGCCAAGCUGUGAUGUCACACCCAAAGAGCAUCAAGGACUUAGUAUGAUUGACUAAGCUAUAACUUAAAAAAAUUAAAAUACAUUAUCACUUAAAAUAUAAAGUCUAAGCCUUUUGGGGGGUGGGAGGGUUCUUCUAAGCUAACAUGGAAUUGUUUUGGUCAUACCAUAGAUCAUUUAGCCAUUUGAAUUUUAGGACUCCUUUAAGCCGGGUGUACACUAUAUAAUUUUGGCCCCGAUUUAGCUGUCCCAGACAAGAUUUUGAAAUUGAAGACCAAAUCCCCAUGUCGUUGACUACUCGAGGCGACACUCGUUUGAUGUGAGUGGGUCAGAUAAGCAAUCUGAGGGCUUCUGAUCUCAUCUUUGACCAGUCCCAGACGCCCCGAUAUUUUCAAACAUGUUUGAUUUUUAUCGGCACAAUCUUCAGUGCUCUUGCAGUGCGAGAUGUGCAACGACAAGUUUUGAGAACGCGUGAUCAGCAAUAGCCAAUGAGAGCUCGCCAGAGAAGAAGCCAGUGAGAUGAUGAUAUUUCUCAUUUUUUAUUUAUUUUAUUUUAUUUCACCUUUAUUUAACCAGGUAGGCUAGUUGAGAACAAGUUCUCAUUUGCAACUGCGACCUGGCCAAGAUAAAGCAUAGCAGUGUGAACAGACAACAACACAGAGUUACACAUGGAGUAAGCAAUAGACAAGUCAAUAACAUGGUAGAAAAAAGAGAAUCUAUAUACAAUGUGUGCAAAAGGCAUGAGGUAGGCAAUAAAUCGAAUAAUUACAAUUUAGCAGAUUAACACUGGAGUGAUCACCCAGAAUGUGAGCUACUACUACUCCUAGUAUGUGUUUUUACUUGCCUUUAACCAAAGUGUCAAAUCGUUGCAGCGCUGAAGUUCACAAGCAAUGUUAUUUCAUUCAAAAUGUUUGCUAGAUAUUUCAAGUCAGUAUGGCAAGCGUGAAUGUCUGACUGAAAAUGUUUUGAGGCUGCUUUGAGCCACUGCUCGUUGUCGCUAUAUUAACAAUCUAAUCACAUAAUUAUUUUCGCGAGACAGCGUGGUAUCGAGAAUCCUAACGACCAAGUGAAGAAUCUUAUAGUGUGUGACCCCUGUCUUGCCAUGUCGUUUAGUGAGCGCACCACUACGUUGUCAAGACAAAAAAACGCCAGGAAAGACGGUCAUUUAAUGUGAGAGGCUCAGCGAUGUUAGGAAUUGGAAAGUUGUGUGGUGUACACUUGGUUUUAGGUAUUAUUUUUUUAUUACUUAAAAUAUUGAAUUUCGUCUUUACUACUAUAGCCCCUAGAAACACAUUGAAUAUAACACAUUCAUAAAUGGCAAAAAAGACCGUCCAAAAAUGUAUCGUAAGGAAUAUGUUUUUUUUUUGUGAGAAGACCAAUUUUUGAGAUGUCUCGGUCUGACAAACACCACUGUAGCUCAGUCACCUUCCACCUCAGAUGUGGAAUGUCGACAUAGGCGGAUGCGGUGGAUUGAGACACGGCCCAAGAAAAGAAAAAAACAUUUAUCUUAAACUGACAGGAUUUUGAUGGGGAUUAUUAUUAUGUUACUUAGAUUGACGCUGAUGGGGAUUAUUAUUAUGUUACUUAGAUUGACGCACGGGUGCAUCAAUGCGAAUGAGUGGAGGGUCUGUUUAUCAUCUGGAUUGUUUUGCUCUUUACCAAUCAACCCUUUGACCCUUCCAUCUCUACCUCUGAUUCAGGGUCGGAGGGUUAGACACAAAGGGGGGAUAGGAAAUAGAGACGUUUAAUGCUGACCUCAGACCAGAGGAUUGCCUAUAUUCCCUUCAAUGUACAUCAAUUGAAAAUUAAUCUGACCGAUUGUGGUAAUGUUAGAGGGUUACUAUAGUGUGUAGUUGUGGUAUGUGUGUAGGCCGAAGGUCAGGCCAUGAAGAGGAUUUGGCUUUGACAGAGCAGGGCCGAUCUGUUUGCACAGAUUUAGUGCUUAUUAACAGUUCACCUGACUAACAGCUACCAGCUCCUCCGUGAGCUAAUGCACUCUCGCUCUAAAUUCAAAAGUCACUGAAAAGCCAUGCACUAAAACACGCAAGAGUGCACACACACACAAACACACACAUAGACAUUGUUCCAGAGUGAUGAUAAACUUCAUUGGGACCAUACUUGCGAACGUUAGAAACAGUUCAAAUUGAAAGUUUAUCCGUCUCAAAAUGCGCAUUAGACUAUUUAAGUAUUUGAUUUACUUGCACAUGAUGGAACACUACAUUGUAGCUGGUCCCAUCAGAUAACCUGGCACACGUUAGCCCUAUGCCAACCUCCACCAGAUGAGUGAUUAUGUCCUGUAACAAUGUUCCCAUCAGGCUGUCAAAGAUCUUAGACUUCAUAUCCACCGACCAAUGGCAUUUCCUAAAAUAAGUCAACCAUGGUCACUAGUGGGAUAUUUUAAAAGGUCCAAUGCAGCUGUUUAUAUCUCUAUCAAAAAAUGUCUGCUGAAUAAUUUAGUGCCUUACUGUGAUUGUUUUCUAUUAAAAUCAGUGGUGUGGGUUUAUGGAAGCCAGGGGAAGCUGGUCUUCCCCAAAUAUUUGACUAAUACUUUAAAAAAAUAUAUCUUUCGUCUCUGUAUUUUCAUAGAUUUUCGUCAAUUCACAAGUGGCUGAAUCUCACCGGAGAAAUCAUCAGUGAGGGAAACCGCGCCCCUCUGUCUUAGUAUGUGUAUCCCAUGUAUCUGCUGAUAUCUGGACUAAAAUAAUAUAAUAUUUUUUGGGGGGGACCUUUAUUUAACUAGGUUAGUUCAGUUAAGAACAAAUUCUUAUUUACACGGCCUACCCUUGCCAAAUGACGGCCAACCCUAAUCCGGACGACGCUGGGCCAAUUGUACACCGCCCUAUGGGACUCUCAAUCACGUCCGGUUGUGAUACAGCCUGGAAUUAAACCAGGGUUUGUAGUGAUGCUUCUAGCACUGAGCUGCAAUGCCUUAGACUGCUGUGCCACUCAGGAGCCUGAGCAUUUGAUUGAUUGAUUGGUGCCAGCAAGCAUUUGGCCUCCCUUGAUAAAGUAAUUAACCAAUCAGUGUUGAGCUGAGCUCAACUAUGGGUUGUCCUGGUGCAGCAAAACACCCUCAUGGGAGGCCAGUUUGGGUUUGUCACACUAAUCAAAUUAAUUUCUCAGCAAAAUGUAAUUUUCAGAAAAAAUGUUUUCUGGUCUGCUUGUGGUGUUGUCCUGCAGUAGCUAGCUUGCUAAAUUAGCCCUUUCCUACGCCAUAGAUGGGGAUUUGGCCUAAUUCUUUGUACAGGCCAAUGAUUAUGAUGGCGAAUCUGAUCUAACCAUAAAUUAAUGUUGUGCCACUCGCCUUAAAUGAUAUGUUCAAUAUGUAUGCUCACGCUAACUUCGCUGGUUCAUUGUUGUCCAGGUGAGGAAGUUAGGCUAGCAAGCAUUUUUGCUAGGUAGCCUAUGACAACAGAAACUAAAAGCGUACUACUGUAUGACACAGCCAGAAACCGUUUUGCCAACAUGAAAGAGAGGAUGGCAUUUGCGUUUAACUAGUCUAUAAGUAUGAUGAGUGAAAAAAUGUUUUGUACUUGCAGGUGCACGCACACACUGAAAUCCAUACCGUGGACAGCCACGUGAUAUUUAGGAACUUUGGACUAAAUCGUUUUUGGUAUCAUUUUAAGUUUUUCAGUGUAUUAAACUAAGCAUAUAUAGCCUUGUUGAUUUGAUUAUGUUUAAGUUGAAAUGGCGCUGGAAUAGCGGAGGAAGUGCUCCUGUUGACUUUGUGCUAUUGUAUAUCACAGUGGCAUAUGAACAAAUGGGUUAUAGUGAAAACAACACAAUUAUCACAACAGGUUAUACUAUGGCUUUUUUACUGGCUUGGCUUGGCUUCCUCAGUGAUUUUACCCAUGCACCGCUACUGAUUUAAAAUGGUAAAUAAAAAUAAUAGCUUCUGGCCUCCCGAAUGACACAGCGGUCUAAGGCACUGCAUCACAGUGCUUCAGGCAUCACUAUAGACCCGGGUACGAUCCCGGGCUGUGUCACAGCCGGCCGUGACCCACGAGGUGGUGCACAAUUGAUCCGGGAUAGGGGAGGGUUUGACCGACUGGGAUUUCCUUGUAAGUGAUCAGUGUGUCAAGAAGCAGUGUGGCUUGGCAGGGUUGUGUUUCGGAGGAUGCAUGGCUCUCGACCUUCGCCUCCAGAGUCCGUAGGGGAGUUGCAGCGAUGGGAUUAGACUGUAACUACCAAUUGGAUAAAAUUGCUUCUUUGCAAAUGACCAUUUCUAGGACUGUCUGGGAUUGCUAGGACUGUCUGGGAGUGGUCUGAGUGGGGAGGGGAAAACUGAAAAUUAGCUGUUAUUGACAGAGGUUUGGAGCGCCUUGUUAUUGGAGUAUUAGCCCUAACUAAUUUACUGCAUGGAAGGCCAAAACUCCAUCCCACCACAACGUGCACAAAAUAAGUCAAGACACUCGUGGUCUUGUCAAAAACCUGUCUUUACACUUACUGCUAUUACUAAUUGGUGGCGUGAUCCACUAAGGCGGUAGGACUGCACGGUACGACAGCUGUGAGUUUGAAACCCCUUGGGGCAUUAUUAUAUGAGGAACAAAAACACUCCACUGCUGGUCCUUGAGUCAAAUGAUGCAUAGGUGAUAAAGUAGAUUAUAAAAAUGCAUAUAAAACGUAAUUAAAAUCAUUUAACAUUUACAUUUAAGUCAUUUAGCAGACGCUCUUAUCCAGAGCGACUUACAAAUUGGUGCAUUCACCUUAUGACAUCCAGUGGAACAGCCACUUUACAAUAGUGCAUCUAAAUCUUUUAAGGGGGGCUACCAGUGAUUUUGUUAUCUGAUCACUUUUUAAAAUGUAUUUCGCAGUGUAAAUUGACUGGAUAUAUUCACUGCAGUAUUAAGCCUAACAUUGAGCUAAUGAAUUAUCGGCUAAUAUGCAUAACCUUCUAAUUUAGGCUACACAUCUCGAGCCUUUAAAGUCUUCAUUUUAGCACAUGUUUUCCCUGUCAAAAUAAAGGGUAAAUAAAAAAUACAUUUGUUUUGUUGCACAAUUACGCACCUGACCGCUGCCUCGGAUAUUUCUAUUAAAUCUUGUGGAGUCCCAGGAAAAGCCAGACUACAAUAGCUUGUUGGAAUUUUAUUAGGGGUUCACAGCAAAGCAGUGAAAUCUAUUAUUAGUCUUAGAUUUUUUUUUAAAUCCCUUGACAUGGUCAAAUAACUCAAACAUAGAUUGGCACACAGAAAAUAAAGGCCAUGUAGGCAGUAUUGGAACAUAACUAAUUAAAUUACAGUUAACAAAGAAUUACACUUAAUCCACUAUAAACUAAUGUACAGAAUGUUUUUUAAGAGACAAUUCACAAAUUCUACAACAUAACGGCAGAGUCAUGUCUUAAGUGUAAAACUAAGUGACUCUGGGAGUGCUAUAAAGUCCAAAAGUAAUUGGCUGAGUUAGAAAGUUGGCUGUCAGAAGUUUAAUAAUCUAAAUUUAUUUUUUAAUCCAUCUAUCCGCAUAUUUCAAGACAUGGCAUAUGAUGGUAUGGUUAGAUACCUGUCAAUGGUGUGCGUACUGGUAGCGAAGUCAGGUGCAGGAGAGCAGAGGGUUGUGAACAGGCUUACCUCUGGGCAGGUGCCUAGGAGCCUUACACUGGGCGCACACCGAGCAGGAGGAAACGUAAACCCUCACGUUCUUUUCCAAGGUGGGCCACCAGUACUUCCCAGUCAGACAGCGCACCGUCCGACCUAUCCCCGGAUGACCAGAGGAGGGUUGAUCAAUAGAUCAACUGGUCACGGACAGCAGACGGAACGUAGACGCCCGACGGGACACUGGAGGGGAGCGGGUUCUGUACGCAACGCCUGCUCAAUGUACACGUCCAGCUCCCACAAGCCUGGAGUAUGGGAGUCUGAUCCAUGGGCCGGUCCUCUGUGUCAUACAGCCGGGACAGUGCGUCUGCCUUCAUAUUCUGGUAACCUGGUCUGUAAGACAGGGUAAACACAAAACGGGUAAAGAACAUGGCCCACCUUGCCUGAUGAGGAUUCUGUCUCCUCGCUGCCCGGAUGUACUCCAGGUUGCGGUGGUCAGUCCAGAUGAUGAAAGGGUAUUUAGCCCCCUCAAGCCAAUGUCUCCACGCCUUCAAACCUUUAACCACAGCCAACAGCUCCGGGUCCCCCACAUCAUAGUUCCGCUCCGCCGGGCUGAGCUUCUUCGAGAUGAAAGCACAGGGGCGGAGCUUCGGUGACGGGCCCGAGCGCUGAGAGAGCACGGCUCCUAUCCCAGCCUCGGACGCGUCCACCUCCACUAUGAACCCCAAAGAGGGACCCGGAUGGGCCAGCACGGGAGCCGAGGUAAACAGAGCUCUUAGGUGCCCAAAAGCCCUGUCCGCCUCAACCGACCACUGCAGAUUUACAGGACCCCCCUUCAGCAGUGAGGUAAUGGGAGCAGCCGCCUGACCAAAACCCCGGAUAAAUCUCCGGUAGUAAUUGGCAAACCCUAAAAACCGCUGCACCUCCUUUACCGUGGUGUGAGUUGGCCAAUUACGCACGGCUGAAAUGCGGUCACUCUCCAUCUCCACCCCUGAUGUGGAAAUGCGAUACCCUAGGAAGGAGACGGACUGUUGGAAAAACAGGCAUUUCUCAGCCUUGAAGUACAAGUCAUGCUCCAACAGUCGUCCAAGUACCCUGCGCACCAAGGACACAUGCUUGGCGCGUGUAGCGGAGAAUGUCAGAAUGUCAUCGAUAUACACCACUACACCCUGCCCGUGCAGGUCACUGAAAAUCUCGUCUACAAAGGAUUGGAAGUUUGAUGGCGCAUUCAUCAACCCGUACGGCAUGACGAGGUACUCAUAAUGCCCUGAGGUGGUACUAAACGCCGUCUUCCACUCGUCUCCCUCCCGGAUAUGCACCAGGUUGUACGCGCUCCUGAGAUACAGUUUAGUGAAGAAGCGCGCCCCGUGCAUUGACUCAAUCGCUGUGGCAAUAAGAGAUAGCGGGUAACUGUACCUCACCGUGAUUUGAUUGAGACCUUGAUAGUCAAUGCACGGGCGCAGACCUCCAUCCUUCUUCUUCACGAAAAAGAAACUCGAGGAGGCAGGUGAAGUGGAGGACCGAAUGUACCCCUGACACAGGGAUUCAGAGACCUAUGUCUCCAUAGCCGCAGUCUCCGCUUGCGACAGGGGAUACACGUGACUUCUGGGAAGUGCAGCGUCUACCAGGAGAUUUAUCGCACAAUCCCUCCGUUGAUGGGGUGGUAAUUGAGUCGCCUUCUGUAGACAAAUCUGCAUAUUCUGGGGGGAUGCGCACGGUGGAGACCUGGUCUGGACUUUCCAUCGUAGUAGCACCAACGGAAACCCCUACACACCUCCCCGAACACUCUCGCGACCACCCCGUGAGAGCCCUCUGUUGCCAUGAAAUGGUGGGGUCAUGCCGAGCUAACCAGGGAAGGCCUAGUACGACGGGAAACGCAGGAGAGUCAAUGAGGAAGAGACUGAUUUUCUCCUCGUGACCCCCCUGCGUCACCAUGGCCAGGGAGAUGGUGGCUUCCCUGAUUAGCCCGGACCCCAAUGGUCGACUAUCCAGAGCUUGUACCGGGAAAGGUCUAACCAUAGGAAUAAUGGGGAUCCCUAAACUAAGGGCGAGCGCUCUGUCGAUAAAAUUCCCAGCCGCGCCUGAAUCGACGAGCGCCUUAUGCUGGGAAUGUAGGGAAAACAAACAGGAACAAACAGUUGGACAACAGAGGGCUCUGGAUGAGAGUGGUGCAGACUCUCCUGGGAUGAUGCCAGAGUGCCUGCUGCCUCGACUCCCAGAGGGACCAUCCCGGCACCGACCGGCAGUGUGCCCUCUGCGGCCACAGAUGGUGAAAGCCCCUCCAGCCUCCCUACGCGCAGCCCCUCCCAGCUCCAUGGGCACCAGAGCGGGGGUGCUGGAAGAUGGAACCGACAGAGCCCUCUCUGGAUGUCCGCGGGUGACCAGCAGGUUAUCCAGCCGGAUGGACAGAUCCACCAGUUGGUCAAAAGUGAUGGUGGCAUCCCUGCAGGCCAACUCCCGUCGGACGUCCUCAUGCAGGCUGCAUCGGUAAUGGUCGAUAAGGGCCCUUUCGUUCCAUCCUGCUCCGGCGGCCAAGGUCCAGAAUUCCAGGGCAAACUUCUGGGCGCUCCUCGUCCCCUGCCUCAAGUGGAAGAGCCGUUCCCCAUGAGCCGCUCCUCGAAGUGGUCCAACACCACGUCUCCUUUUCCCCACACAGCGUUUGCCCUCUCUAGAGCUCUCCCCAAGAGGCAUGAGACGAGGGCGGACACCCUCUCCCUUCCCGAGGGAGCUGGGUGAACGAUGGCCAGGUAUAGGUCCAGCUGUAAUAGGAACCCCUGGCACCGUGCUGCCGUACCAUCAUACUCCCCGGGAAGGGAGAGACGCAUGCCACUGGGACUGGAUCCAGGAGGGACGGGUAGAUGUAAGUGUGACAGGUUAAAGGAAAUACUAAUAGCCUGUUAUACAUUAAAAAGUAUUAGUAAAUUCAAAGUAUGUGAGGAUCUUAAAACAUCUAAGGUUAAGAAGAUCAUGCAUUCAGCAUUAGUUGAUAGAUUGAUAACAUUUAUAUAAUUGUGUUAAAAUCCGUCAAGCAUACAAAGGGUACGAAUUGUGAGAGGAAUGUGUAAACGUUAUGUUGAUUACUUUAUGUUGUCGUGGGUAAAAGUGUUAAUCUGUGAUCUACUAAAUGCUCUUAAUCUAUGAGCCUGAGAUCGAUUGCUCUGGUCUCCACUCAAGUUCACGGAGAAUUCGCGGUCUUUUUCUCAUUGCACUAAAAGUUCUCAAUGAGUAAACAUUAACCUAUCACUCGUGAUUCUUUCCCCCCUUGUUCAGGUACGUUAUUGAUGAUAAAAAAGAGUAAUUUAAAUGUAAUAACUCGCUAACAUGUCAAGAGUGUUUAAGGUUUGUCUUAGUAACAUAUUGAGGAAGUUAGUUAAGUUUGCAGAGAGUAAUAUGAGCCGUGCUCGGUUGCAGCUAGCUUCGUACUGCUAGGUACUGCUACGUAGCUGCCAUUUUAUGUCAAUUGUGAAUGAACAUGUGCUUUGUUAAUAAGAGAUUUUGCGGCGUUAUUUGUGUAAUGGUUUUUUAACACUUUAUUGCCUGUUGAUAAAUUGAGUUAUGGUUUACUGAGUUAAAGCUUUGUGCUUGACAGUUAUAUUGAAAAUAGUAUUUGUUUCAGUGAUGUACAGUGUAUACUGUUGUGACUUGAAUAAGCCUUGUACCCUACAAAACUAUCUAUUUCCUGUAGAUCUGUUAUUCUGUAAAAUGUGUUACUUAUGUAAAAUGAUUGCACUAAAAGUUCUCAAUGAGUAAACAUUAACCUAUCACUCUCGUGAUUCU